AUGGGUUCCGAGGCAGCUGUUCCGUUCACGUACUUUGCCAAGGCGUCGACCGACUUCGCGAAGACCAUCCCAUGCAUUGCCAACGGAAAUGCCUACCUCGGUGACAUUGCAGUAAGCACCGACAGCAAGGCACCGAUCUCCGCCGGCUUCUACCGCCUCGAGAAGGGCACGCCUCUCGUGUACGGCUAUCACUACGACGAGAUGAAGAUCAUCAUCGACGGCUCCUUCGACAUAGCAGACGAGACGGGCAACAAGGUGCACGCUGUCAAGGGCGACGUGUUCUACUUCCCAAAGGGCAGCAAGAUCACCUUUACCACCGAGGACUUUGGCCUAGCCUUCUACUGCGGCCAGCGACCAAAGGAUUCGGCGUAAAGUGCACCAAAGGACGAGAAAGAAAAAAAAUGGUGCUCCUAUGUCGGGACAAGACAGUGUACCUAGGCUGAUGGUGG